AUGGAUUUAUUUUCUAUGUAUGGAGGUGAUGAUGAUGAAGAUGGAGGAAGUGGUGGUGAAAUAGAAAUAACAAUACAUCAAAAUGGUAAUAAUCUCAGUAUUGAAGGUAUUAGUAGUAGCAAGAAAAGAGAUAAACCAGAUACAGAAGCAACAAUAGAAUUUAGUAGUAAUAGUAAUAAUGGUGAAAAAAGAAUGAAGAUUGGUGUAGAUAAAUGUGAAGUAUGCAAGGAAAACGUUUCAAAAUAUAAAUGUCCUGCCUGUUUUGUUUUGUUCUGUAGUGCGGAGUGUUCGAAACAACAUCGUUCAGAAUCAGAUUGUAAUGGUGUCAAAAAAAAAUUCUUAAAGUUAAACAAUAGUAGAAAUAAUAAUAAUAAUCAGAAUAAUAAAAAUAAUAAUAAUAAUAAUAGUUAUCAUUUAAUUUUAAAAAGAGAAAGAUCAAAUUUAAAUCAAUAUUAUUUAUUAAAUGUAAAUCAAAAUGUUAAUAAUAGUUUAAAUCUUAAAGAGAUCAUAGAAUAUCCGACUAUUCUGGUUGUUUUUGAUUUGGAUAAAUAUAAUAUAAUAAGAGAAGAUACAGAAGUCUUGGAAAAGUUGCAAGAAGAACAGAAACAAAUCAUUUCAAAUAAUUUAAAGGCAAAGUUUGAUCCGAAUCUGGUAAACACAUUGGAAGAAUCACAACAAUUAUUAAGUGGUAAACCAAUUGUUAAGAAAAACAACUCUAGUAAAAGUAAUGCUAAUAGGAAUGACACUAAUAAUGAAGACAGUAAUAAUAGUAAUAAUAGUAAAGAAACAAUAGCAAAAACAGAUAUUCAAAAUGAAAUUAAAGAAGAAUCACCGGUGAAAUCAACAGUUGAAGAAAUAAAACCAGAAGAGCCAACAACAGUUUCAAAUAAAGAAAUAGAAGAAAAAGAAGAUGAUAACGAGUUCUUCUUUACUUUUUAA